UUUGCCUAUGUGUCAAAAUGAGCUACAAGACUAUUCAUAUGAAAAUGUGUUCCACGUUUACUUCCAUGCAAAUAAAACUCGUUUUCAUAUGAAAUGGUUUGAACGAGGACUCGUUUUGAAACACAGGCAAGACAAGGAAAUUCAAAACUGACGGCCUUUUCGUUUGCGUUGAACUAGAUCUGGACCGAUUCGAGUAUCAAGAGGUUCAAACGGCUGGCUCAUGGAGUCCUUAAUUGGUUUAUGCCCUAAUGACCUAAUUUUGGUCAAUACAGUGCUAAAAUGUACUGAGUACCUUCGCUUGUACACGAGAUGCAUCUUGAACAUCAAGAUGUCUGAGGCUUUUGGAGACAGAGCAAAUGUCCAGAGAAAAUCAGAACCCCAGCACAAGGACAUCGUCCACUUGUGGGAGUUCUUAUUUGAACUUCUCGCAGACGAAAGCUGCGGCUCAAUAAUAACUUGGACCACAGAGGAGAAUCGAGAGUUCAAGUUGAAAAACCCCGAGCAAGUAGCAAAACUAUGGGGUGCUUACAAAGGUGUAAAAGCAAUGAAUUACGAGAAACUCAGCCGAGCACUGCGCACGUACUAUUCAAAAGGAAUCAUUGUAAAGAUAUCUGGCCAGAGGUUAACGUACAGGUUUGCCAAACUUCCCUACAAAUACGAACCUGGUGUUACAAGAUCUCGUCGUCACGGACACAGAAUAAAAGCAUGUAUUCAGCAACACAUGCCGCAACCCUCAUCUUCAUCUUGCCAAAUAAACCCAGGCUCCUUGUCGUCGUCAAUUUCCAGCGUCAGUACCCGUCUUAGGAAAAGCUGUUCCUGGCCCCUCGUUCCCAUGCCUUCGCAUUCCAUCUCGUGGAAUCCAGGGUCCACGCCACUAAUUUCUGAUUGCUCAGAGUCUAGGAUCAUGUUCCCGCCGUUUGCAGCUGAUCCGAUGACGUUAUCAUCGUCAUCGUUAUCGUCUCUCGUGUCAUUUGUUUUAAAUGAUCCGAUUGAAUGUCUUGGUCCGCUAGUUCAAGACAUGAGAACCAGUAAACCUAAGUCAAUAGCUGUUCCAGUAAUCAAGUGGAACAUUCGCCGCUCAUGAAACUGCAUGAAGUAAGACUAGACCAACAGAGACAAGGAGGCUACUCGCAAGUAAGAUACUAAUCAAUGCGUGGGGUUGAAUGAGAUUAUAAGAAAGUUUAUAUAAUAUUUAAGAUAGAAAGCGCGCUCUCAAUGGUCGAAGGUGUGUUUGGAUGAGAGUAUUUAAACUUUGCUUUUCGAAAGCAAUAGGGGACUUCUUUCUGUUUACACAGCGUCAUCUAAACACUUGAAAGUUAUGCAAACCCUAGACUUCGCCUUAGCACAUCAUAGUCUCAUAGUUUACAUAACUGUCUAGAAUUCUUCCAAUCCCCUCGUGCUUAGAUGUAAAAAAAAGGAAAAAAAAGUCCUCUUUUUAUUGCUUAAACUUUGGACAGCUUAUUCUUCGAUAGUACAGCACUUAAGACUAGUAGAAAGAAUAUCGCUGUUUGUUGGAUGAAACAAUUAUGUAAACGUCAAAUUAAAAGAAAAUUUCAGUAUUUCCGUGCAGGGCAACACUUAAAAUGACGAGGCACCUUAGUUCCAAGGCCUCAUCCGCUGCGGCCGCCCAUGAAGUGAUAGGCUCCCGGCCGCAGUCAAUCUUUUUUCGGGUCACGUGGUCCGUGCAAAAAAGUGGCCUAGCCGUUCGCUGAACGUCGUCGAAAAAAUGUCCUAUUAUACUGUCCUAUUAUGUUUUAUUAUGUCCCAUUAUGUCCUAUUACAACGUCCUAUUAUGUCCUAUUGUCCUAUUAUAAUGU